CGCGCGACGCCGUGAUGGAAGGCGAACUCUGCAAGCUCCACCGACAUAAUAUUAUUUUUGUCUGAACGUCGCUUUAACGUUUCCGCGUACGAAUGUGAAACACUUCGAAUACAAAUGAUCUUAACCAGCGAACCCAACGUGUUCUCGUGCAACUUACUGUAGUUUUGUGCGUAGAUAGCCAUUAUUGUUCGUACCUACGCAAACACGUUAGAUUUGUGUUUUAUUUUAUCUUGUACGUUAUCCACUCGUAACAAUAUCAUGAGUUUGUCUAGACCUAACGAUCUGCCUAAGGAUCAGUCAAGUUUAUGCGACAAUUUGCUUGAAGAAAAAAUAUUUGAUUGGGGUAAAUAUUUUGCUGCAAAAAAUGUAGAUGUGGUUCCUGAAGAUUUUUUUCAUCAUAUUUGUAAGAGUGAACUGAAUGGAAUCGAAAUUGGAUCAGUGAUCGAGAUUGAAAAUGAAGAUCAAAAUGGAUACUGGUUUGCAAGUGUAUGUUCAUCUAAGGGGGCUAUACUACAUUUGCAUUAUUUUGGUGAUGAAAAAAACACCUUAGAGUUAACAGUAAACGUAAAAUCGCCACGCAUUCAUUCUUUAAACUGGGGAAGUAAAAAUAAUAAAAAAUGCAUACUUCCUUAUCCAGAGAGAAUGUCAUAUAUCAAACCAGAAAUUAUUAAAGAAAAAGCUCAAGAUUGUGAGCAGAUUGUAUCAAAUGUUGUAUUACAAAUGGGAGGUGCUCCAAUUCAUAGUAUAUUCAAGUGUGACAUGUUUGUAGAAGUUCAAGAUAAAGAAUACCCUUAUUGGGUUUGGAUAUCAAAAGUUCUUAAAAAUGUAGGAGGAAGAUUAUUUUUACAAAUGCAAGGAAUAAAGUGCUCUGAAAAGAAACCAUUUUGGUUAUUUUAUUUAAAUAAACGUAUUUUUCCAUUAGGGUGGGCAGAACAAAAAGGACUUCCAUGGAGAUUAAUGAAUUCAGAUGCUAGUUUAGAAAAUUCCAUCGAUUCUAGUGCAUUACUGGAUGUGUUAAAGCCUAAGACCCCAGAACACCACAGUUAUAAAGUUGGGGAUAUGUUGGAAGUAAUAAAUCCUUAUUCAAUGAUGGUAUUUUAUGUUGCUACAAUUGUUAAGAUCUAUGAUAAUCGUUAUUUUAAAGUUCUAGUGGAUAAUGACAUUGAUGUAGACAAACGUAUCAGUUUUGUGGCUACAAAAGACAAUCCUCAUUUAUUUCAUGCAGGUUGGGCAAGCGAACACAAAUUUUUGCUAAAAACUCCUUCUGAUUGGAAUGAACCAUACAAAUUUUCAUGGUUGAAAUAUUUGAUAAAAAAGAAAGCAAAAUUUGCUUCUGUAGAUAAUUCAUGUGUAAAAAAUAUAAACAAUGUUCAUAUAGGUAUGAAAUUAGAAGCUGUUGAUCCUUUGAAUACUGAUUGUAUUCGUAUGGCUACAGUUAUAGGAUUUGCUGAUCAUUGGAUGUUUUUGUCUUUUGAUCAUACGAGUUGUUAUCAAGAUUUACGACAUUUGCGUUCAAUCUAUUCAGAUGAAGUUUUUCCAGUAGGCUGGUGUAAUAAACACAAAUAUAAUUUGGGAAUCCCAAAACCUCCAUACAAUGUUUCUAAUGAUUUUGAACAUUGCUAUUAUUUAUCAGAUAUUGAUAUUAAUUUAAGUCAAUCAGACGAGGAAAAUGUAACAAAAUAUCCUCAUUACUUAAAAGAAGAAAUCUUUUAUCACUUUAGCAAAAAGUAAUUAAAUUAAUAGUUGCUUUAUGUUUAUUAUUUUCUAAUUGUUGUUGUUACU